AUGUCAGGUACACGGGUAUGCCCCUGUGUGCCUGUACCCAGGAUCCGGAAGUCACGAAUUCAGGGUCACCCUGGGCUUCAGAUCAAGACAUUGUCCAACGAUGCUGAAGAGAACCUGGAAAUUACAACUAUCGGAGACCUUGACGUCCUGCAGGUGAAGGAGGAGGAUGUCCUCAAAUUCCUUGCUGCAGGAACCCACUUAGGUGGCACCAACCUUGACUUUCAGAUGGAGCAGUACAUCUACAAAAGGAAAAGUGAUGGCAUCUACAUCAUAAACCUGAAGAGGACCUGGGAGAAGCUGUUGCUUGCAGCUGGUGCUAUUGUUGCCAUUGAGAAUCCUGCUGAUGUCAGCGUCAUCUCCUCCAGGAACACCGGGCAGCGAGCUGUGCUGAAGUUUGCUGCCGCCACUGGAGCCACUCCGAUUGCUGGCCGCUUCACCCCUGGGACCUUCACUAACCAGAUCCAAGCAGCCUUCAGGGAGCCGUGCCUUCUAGUGGUGACUGAUCCCAGAGCUGACCUCCAGCCCCUCACAGAGGCGUCUUAUGUCAACCUGCCCACCAUUGCGCUGUGUAACACAGACUCUCCUCUGCACUAUGUGGACAUUGCCAUCCCAUGCAACAAUAAAACAUAUAUUAAUUUUCUGCUUAAAUGCUGA